AUGCAGCGCGUGCUUUUUGGCCAAAAAGAUAUACUGGAGCAAGCUUCGCGGCACCAUGUUACGCUGAAGCACCAGGAAAUGCAGGCGUACCUCACAUUAUCGCCGGUAGGCAGAACACUUUACCCUACUGCAAAACAGCUGCUCGAACUUGGCAGCUAUUUCGGCGCGCUUCCUGUGCACCAUGGGCUAUGGCAAUCUGCUGUCGAGACCCGCGAGACGCGCCGCUUGGUCGUGAAUCCCGUGACAAUCAAGAAAUUCGCACAAUCCGCGGAUGAUAGCUCGGUCGCGGCGCUGGAGACGAUUCAUCAGGUCGAGAUGAUACACGUAUCUGCAGGCCACCGCAGGCUGGCCUACCUCUCCCCGACGCAUCCCGACAAGCCUGGUCUGUGCACGUAUUCCGUAACGAGGUGCGCACCAACUUUUUGGGCAAACUAA